AUGAGACGAGGAGCCAAGGCGACGAUGCAGAUGCGCGUCGAUAGCGGUGUGAUUGACGCCGAUUCCCUAGUGAGCAGCAGUAGUGAUGAUGAAGCUGAAGAAGUGGACGUGGAUUCUCUACUCGCUUCUGCUGCUGAUGAAGGUCAAGCUGAUGACGAUCAAGAGGAUGAUCAAGAUGACAGCCAAAGCAUGAGCAUGAGCAACAGUGAGAGCGACAGUGAGAGUGUGAGUGGCUCCACUGGAAGCAGCAGCAACGGCUCCUUGGACCGUCGACGGAGUCAACAGCGUUCCAGCCGUCGCCAUCGUCGAACGCUCUUGUUGGAUAUGAGUUCUCGACAACAGCAAGAUCAUUUCAUGGCAGCAGGAGCAGACUUUAGUGCCAACGAUCACGAACGAAGAGUACGCUUCUCCACUAUUGGUGGCAUGGAACCUGCACCCUUAUUGGCCACUCGACCUUCCUUCAUGACAACACGGGCUUCCAUGUUGGCCACUGCCGCCACCGCGCCUCGACUGCUCUCCAGUGGAACCGAAAUUGCUCUAGGGCAUGACAGCUUUGUCAUUCCGGAAACGAUCGACGAUGAUGACAAUGAUAGUCGCCAGCUGGACGUCCAUGAAGUGGAUGUGGAUGAACUAGAAGCGCAGACCAAAGUAUUGGAGGACGACUCGGAUCGAUUAUUGCAGGAACAGAAUGAACUGGACGAUUCCGAUUUUGCCCAUCAGUACAACAAACUACGACAUGGAAGCACUGUGAUUCAUCGCCGCAGCGACGAGGACGCCAUGAGUAUGAGUGACACCACACACACUAGUAUUGGGGAUGUUCAAGCCGAACGAGAAAAACACCUCCGACGAAACAUGGCCUUUUUCAUGGCCUACGAAUUCGUAUACACGUCACUCCAAAGACUUGUCUGGCAGGGAAGUCUAUUGCUGUGUUUUGUCGUCAAGAGACAAAAGGCAGGAGACGAACAGCAACAAAUGGCACAAGAAGUAUUCGAAGAAGCUGCCGAAUUGGGAGCCACGGGAGUCACACAAACCACCACGGGAGGAACGGGAAUCAUGGGGACAACAACUACUACUACUACUACAGCCACAACAACAGCGACAACCGCCACCACUACAACCACAGCAUCGGCCACUUCCAGUGCAGUCGCUUCGACAUCUGCCAGUAUGACCAGUGCUGCCACCUCCAGUGCCGUGACGGCAUCCUCUGCGUCGGCUACCACGGCCGCGUCGGCGUCGGCGACAACGGCCGUCACGGCCACACAAGCGACAGCCGUAGUGGCACAAAUGGCAGUUGUAUCGGCUCAAGGGGCGGCCGGGGCGACAGCUGCUGCCACGACCACGGCAACUGCGACAGCCGCGGCUGCUGCAGGGGCUGCAGGAGCAGCAGCAGGGGGGACCACCACAGCCGUCACGACGGCAGCAACCACGGCGGUCGCAUCCUCCACUGUCGCCACGCAAACUGCGGUGGCUGUGGGAGUGGCAGCCGUCACGGUCGUAUCCACGGGGGCCAUUGUCGUCACACAGACACAAUCCAACAGCGUACAUUACAACUUUGGAGAUAGCUUUGUUCCGCCCGUUUGUUCGACAACCUCUCAAGAAAAAGAAGGAUGUGUGGAACUUCAGAUUACAGGAGUGCCACCCUAUCUCUUUCGAGAAGCAGACGAGGCGGAGGAUACGCGGCAGAUCUUUCGUGAUGUCUACAAUUCCAUCACGGGCAUGUGUUUGGAUCAUUACGAUCGCGUCAUUCACAAUGCGGAAUUGAUCGACUGGGAUACCCAAUGGAGUCCCGAGUUUGCGGCUGCCGAGGAUCGCAUCAAUGUCACAUCGGGACGUGCUUACGAUGAAGCGGUGGCGUCCAGCAUUACCACGCUGCAAUGGCGUGCCAUUGUGGAUUGCUCCGGUUGCCCCGACUACGAACCGCUCUUUGCCGUGGGAGAUGACUUUGUCCCACGAAAUGAUUCCAUGGCGGGAUCCUUUGACAUGUCCGACUUUUUUGGACUCUUUGCCGCGUCGUUUGGGUUCACCAUGGAUCGAUACUUGAAUGGAAUUGCAGUUAACUACAAUAGUACAGCUCCAUUCAAUACUUCCAUUUACGAUGGACAAACCCGGCAAGUGCAGGUGGUAUUUGCACAAACCACGGAAUGCCCCGAGCCAAAGAAAGAGGAACAGGAGGAUUCAUCGGCGUCCCCACAAGAGACUGAACAAGGACCGGGAGGAGAUCGCAAGGCGCUCAGCAGUGUCGACACCAACACCAUCAACCAAGCCUUGAGGAUUGUCGAACGAAACGAUGGGACAGUAACUACAAGCCGUGAAGCUGCAUCCAUUCAAGCCUGCUUUGAUGGAAUGGGGCAAUUGGAGCAAACGCCGUACUGUCAGACAGCACUUGCAGGGGAUGACAAACCACCACCUCCUCGGCCAGGAGGACCGAAUGGUGGGCCAGGGCCAAAUGGAGGUCCAGGGGGUCCUGGUGGGGGCCCAGGAGGUGGACCGCCGCCUCCUCCUCCAGGUGGACCUGGUGGAGGGCCAGGGGGUCCACCUCCACCACCACCUCCUCCUGGCCAAGGUGGUGGUCCUGGUGGGCCGGGGGGGGCACUUCCACCGCCUCCUCCUCCUGGCCAAGGCGGUGGUCCUGGGGGCCCGGGGGGUCCACCUCCACCACCUCCUCCUCCUGGCCAAGGCGGCGGCCCUGGGGGCCCGGGGGGUCCACCCCACACCACCUCCUCGGCCAAGGUGGUGGUCCUGGGGCCGGGAGGUCCACCGCCUCCUCCUCCUGGCCAAGGUGUGGUCCUGGUGGAGGGCCUGGGGGUCCACCACCACCACCACCGCCUCCUCCUGGCCAAGGUGGUGGUCCUGGGGGCCCGGGGGUUCCACCACCACCUCCUCCUGGCCAAGGCGGUGGUCCGGGUGGCCCAGGGGGUCCACCGCUUCCUCCUCCGCCUGGCCCAGGUGGUGGUCCAUUGGGUCCUGGUGGGGGCCCUCCACCACCUCCCCCCCUUGGCCCAGGUGGUGCUCCUCCUGGCCAAGGUGGUGGUCCUAUUGGAAGCCCACCGCCGCCUGGUCCAGGUGGCCCUCCGCCACCUCCUCCUGGCCCAGGUGGAGCCCCAGGAGUAG